GUCAAAUGAUUCAUAUUGGGGUGAGCUAUCAACUUUUUGGGGUGGAUGUACAAUUCCUCUACUCUUAUGUGAUUAUAAUAAAAUUCAAGUCACUGUUUUUUUUUUUUUUGGUUCCUUUCUUCAGUUCACAUUCAAUGUGAUGGUAAAACAAGCUCUUGGGUUGACACCAGAAGAGCCACAAGCUGCAAAAAUACUGGAAGAUUUCCUCACUUCAUGAAUGGACUCAUCUCCUUUCCACUAUAUAUUCCAGGCACUCCAUAUGCAAGAGCUGUUCAGGCUAGAGCAAGAAUAUCUUCUACAGUGAAAGCUAUAGUUGAAGAGAGAAGAUCAAAGGGAGAGGACUCUGCUGGUAAUAAGAAAAGUGAUUUCCUUGAAAUACUCCUAUCAGCAAAUAGCCUGUCUGAGGAUGAAAGGGUCAGCUUUGUACUGGAUUCUUUGUUGGGUGGAUGUGAAACCACCUCCCUCCUCAUGGCAUUGGCAGUUCUCUUCUUGGGUCAAUCACCAGCUGCUCUGCAACAACUGAGGUUAGACACCAUCUUUCUCUCUCCUUCCCUUUUAGCCAUUUCAAGCUCCAUAUAAAAAAGCUGAAAUUCAAUGGCCUUCUUUGAAAUUUUUUAUAAAAAGAAAAGAGAGAAAAUGAAAGAAACCCUUUUUUUUUUGAAACAGUCAGAGCAUGAAAGUAUAAGAACUGUGAAAGGAAAAGAAGAGUACCUGAACUGGGAUGACUACAAGAAAAUGGAGUUUACUCAACAUGUAAGUGUAACUUUCUAAUCUUUUAAAUUAAGGGCUAUAGAUUAAUAUAUGACUUUAUAUUGGUUUCUUAAAUGGUAGUGAUUGGAUAGAUGGUA